CAAGUGAAAUUAAGGCUGUGUGAAAUUUACUAAAAGGUAUUUAAAAAAAAAAAUAUUUUAUAAUUUACAUCAAAAUGACCAUCACUGAUAAGAAAACAACACUUGCUGUAAUAACUAUUAUGUUUGCAAUUACUGGUGUAAUAAUUACCGUAAUAUUAUCAAAAAAUGAAGCUUUUGAUAGCGAACAACUUGAUAUUAAAAUACCUACACCAUUAAUUGCUGGAAAAUUAAGAAAAUUUAAAAAUGGAGCAGUCGCUGGUGAUGAUGCUGUGUGUGCAGAAAUAGGAAAAUCAAUUUUGAAAAAAAAUGGAUCCGCGGUUGAUUCUGUUAUUGCAGCGUCUCUUUGCACCAGCCUUGGUUUCAUGCAGAGCAUGGGAAUCGGUGGCGGAUUUGUUAUGACAAUUUAUGAUAAAGCUACGGAGAAAGCUUAUUAUUUAAAUGCACGGGAUCGAGCACCUCUGAGGGCUCAUGAAGAUAUGUACAAGGAUAAAAGUGAAGCUUCAUUAGAAGGAGCACUUGCUGUGGCUGUACCCGGAGAAAUUGCUGGUUAUUGGGCAGCACACCAAAGAUUUGGUAAGUUACCAUGGGCUGAUUUGUUUACUGAUACAAUUGCACUGUGCGAAAAAGGAUGGAGGCUUUCGCAGAUACAGCUGAAUGAUUUAUUGAGAAAAGAAACGUGUAUUAACAAGGAUCCAACACUAAGAUCUUUGUUUGUCAAUGAAACGACAAAAGAAUUCAAAAAACCAGGAAGUAUUAUCAAAGCUGACAAGCUUUGUAAAACAUACAAAGUAUUGGCUCAAAAAGGCGCAGACGAAUUUUAUAAUGGAACGUUGGGACGAACUCUUAUUGAGGAUUUACGAAAACACGGUGGUAUUUUAACGAUGGAUGAUUUAAGUACUUACUCCGCUAAAUGGCAAGAGCCUUUGGAAACUGAACUGUCUGACGGUUUGAAAUUAUUUACAUCGAAUUUUCCAACUAGCGGUGCGCUGCUUAUAUUUAUUAUGAACAUCUUUGAUGAAUUUAAAUUUAAUCCAAACAGCUUGAAUGGCGAUGAAAAUACUAUCAAAACAUAUCACAGAAUGAUUGAGACUUUUAAAUAUGCUUUUGCUGUGAGAAGUAAAUUAGGUGAUUCUGAAUUUCAUGAUAUGACUGAGAUUACAAAAAAUUUAACUUCGAGAGAUUAUGCUCGAGCAAUAAAAGCUCGAAUAGAUGACUCAAGAACGUGGAACGAUGCUGCCCACUACGAAGGCAGUACUUGGUUUCAUGAAGAUCACGGUACUUCUCAUCUAGUAGUUUUAUCUCCAACUGGAGAUGCAGUAUCACUUACGAGUACCAUCAAUACCCCUUUCGGCAGCUGUCUAGUAGGGGAGAGAACAGGAAUUUUAUUUAAUAACAACAUGGAUGACUUUUCAAUUCCAACUGUGGUAAAUUAUUUUGGCUUACCAGGAAAUAGCGAACAAAAUUCAAUCCAGCUUGGUAAGAGACCAUUGUCAUCAAUGGCACCUUCAAUUUUAGUAGAUACCAAUGGAAAUGUAAAAAUGAUAAUUGCUGCAUCUGGUGGAACUAGAAUUAUUUCUUCCUUGGCUUGCGUAUUAGCACGAGUAUUAUGGAUGAAAAAUACUAUAAAAGAAGCAAUUGACACUCCAAGACUUCACCAUCAACUUUUACCUAUGAUGAUAAAUUAUGAGUUUGGUACAUCUAACUCUGUGAUUCAGGGGUUGAAAAAUUUAGGGCAUCAAGUCUCUCAAGAUAAUUAUCAAGCUUACAGUUUUGUAGCUGCUAUUUUUAAAUCAACUGAUUUUAUUUAUGCCAAUUCUGAUUUCAGGCGAAACGGCGAUGCUUGUGGUAUAUAAAGAAUUUAAUUAGGCUGGUUAAAACUUUAUGCGAGAAAAGAUUAUUUCAUAGCUUAAAUAAAUAAAAUUUUGCUUUAUUAAA